AUGCCUGAGCCAGCGAAGUCCGCACCUAAGAAGGGGUCCAAGAAGGCCGUUACUAAAACCGCUGUAAAGGGCGGUAAGAAGCGCAAGAGGUCCAGGAAGGAGAGCUAUGCUAUCUACGUCUACAAGGUCCUGAAGCAGGUUCAUCCUGACACCGGGAUUUCCUCUAAGGCCAUGGGGAUCAUGAACUCGUUCGUCAAUGAUAUUUUCGAGCGUAUCGCCGGUGAGUCCUCUCGUCUCGCUCACUACAACAAGCGCUCCACCAUCACAUCGAGAGAGAUCCAGACCGCUGUGCGUCUGUUGCUGCCCGGUGAACUCGCCAAACACGCCGUGUCUGAGGGAACAAAGGCCGUCACCAAGUACACCAGCUCCAAAUAAAUCUGUUGAAGCUUUCAACACCCCAAAGGCUCUUUUAAGAGCCACCCACUUUAUCAGAUAAAUGAGCAUCCAGUUUAACUGUCGAGUAAUUGAUUAGAAGUUAAGCUA